GGCCUUUCCAAUUUCGCGCAUUAAUUAAAAAAUCGUGCGAUAUAUUAUUUCCCGUUAGAUUCACAAGCGAACCCAACCAGAGAAAAAAAAAAAAAAAACCCAAAAGAAAGAACACAAAAAAACUAAAGAAAACCCUAAUAUUUGGUUUUCCCCUUGUUUGAAUCUGAGAAACCCUAAUUUUGAUUCUUUGCGAGUUUGGAGAUGAUCGUGAGGCAAAAGAUGGUGGUCCAGGCGGAGAUCAUAUGCCCUCAGAGCAGCAGUAUCCCGGUGCUCGAUAAGUACCAUCUUCGUGUUCCUGCGCAAGAACUCGUUGAAUUGUCUUCUUCGCCUCCGCCACCGGCUUCCGAAAUCGUCACCUUGGAAUCGGUUGCUAAUUGUUCGGAAACUAUUCAAGGUGAUAUUGUUGAGACUUCUUCUAUAGUCAAGUUUGUUCCAAACAUUCGUUCAGGUAGUCAUGCUGAUAUUGGACCAAGAGAUUCCAUGGAUGAUGAACACAUCUGCAUUGAUGAUCUAUCUGGCCACCUUGGAUCUCAAUUUCGUUGUCCAAUGCCAAGUGCUUUUUAUGCUGUGUUUGAUGGGCAUGGGGGUCCCGAAGCAGCUGCAUACAUCAAGAGGAAUGCUAUGAGGUUAUUUUUUGAAGAUUCCGAGUUGCCACAAACGACAGACAUCGAUGAAGUUUUCUUAAACGAGUUGGAAAAUUCUCACAGGAAAGCAUUUUUGCUCGCAGACCUUGCGUUAGCCGAAGAAACUAGUGUUAACAGUUCGUGCGGAACCACAGCAUUGACUGCCCUACUGCUUGGAUCCCACUUGCUAGUUGCCAAUGCAGGUGACUGCCGAGCAGUACUUUGUAGAAAUGGAGUGGCAGUUGAGAUGUCUCAAGAUCAUAAGCCUUCUUUCUCGCCAGAACGUAAGCGAGUUGAAGAGUUGGGUGGUUAUAUUGAUGAUGGUUAUCUCAAUGGUUACUUAUCAGUCACACGAGCUUUAGGGGACUGGGACCUGAAAUUCCCACUCGGUUCAGCAACACCACUCAUUGCAGAGCCUGAUGUUCAACAGGUUGUGUUAACAGAAGAUGACGAAUUUUUGAUCAUUGGCUGUGAUGGAAUCUGGGACGUUAUGUCAAGCCAAUACGCAGUCAGUCUCGUCCGUCGUGGACUGAGGAGACACGAUGACCCAAAGCAGUGUGCUAGGGACCUUGUCAAUGAAGCAUUACAACUAAACACAUCAGAUAAUCUAACUGCAAUAGUCAUCUGCUUUUCAUCCCCAUCUCGAGUAUACGAGCCAGCUCCUCGACGAUCAAGGUUUAGACCGUGCAAUCUUUCUGAAGACGCCCGAAGAAGGUUGAAAAGCCUACUCGAAGGCAAUUAAGUGUCAAUCUAAUAAUAAUGAAAAAAAAAAUAGAAGGCAAUUGAAUGUGUGUGAAUACAUAUUUUUGUUAUUACAGAUAUUCUUUCUACAGGGAAUUAUAUCUGUCUGUUUGUGGCUGUUUCAGAUGACAUAAGAAAAAACAGCCAUCAGUUUUGAGUAGAGAGUAGAAUAAAAAAUCUAGGCUUGUCCAAUCUUUAAAGAAUGUUGGGUAUAAAUUUAGGCUAUCGAGAGAGAGUAUGUUAACUUGUUGGAAACUUAGUAUCAUUAUUAUUCUUAUUUUUCAUUAGUAAAUUGGAUUCUUGGCCUUGACAUUGAUCUUGGUCUUCACCAUUGCUGAUAAUUGUAUUAAAACUACUUCAGUGUUGUUGGUAUUAAUAUGAUCAAAUUUCCAUUGUUAUUAAA